UCCCACUAGAGCACAAGAGCCCACACUGGCACGCGUUCCACAGCCAGCAGCUCCCGCAGCCAUGGACCAAACGGGCAGCUCCGCUCUAGCCUCCCCAACUCCCUCACCGCCACCGGAGCCGGCGCCCGAAGCACAGGCACCUACUCCGUCUCCCCCUCCCCCAGCGCAGCUUCCGGAUUUCGAUCCCUCUCGCCUUUCCCCGGAUAACCCAACCCCAGCUCCUCCCCUUCCUGCUGCACCUGCAAUUACUGCUCCGCCGCCGGAUGGCGCCGGCGAUUCCUCUCCGGCGUCGUCUCCCUCGCCUCCACAGACCCCAACGCUGCCACCACUUCCCACCACCGAUCUUUCCCCUCCCCUCCCUACUGGGAACCAAGCACCAGCACCGCCGCCACCACUUCCCACCACCGAUCUUUCCCCUCCCCUCCCUACUGGGAACCAAGCACCAGCACCGCCGCCACCACUUCCCACCACCGAUCUUUCUCCUCCCCUCCCUACUGGGAACCAAGCACCAGCACCGCCGCCACCACUUCCCACCACCGAUCUUUCCCCUCCCCUCCCUACUGGGAACCAAGCACCAGCACCGCCGCCACCACUUCCCACCACCGAUCUUUCCCCUCCCCUCCCUACUGGGAACCAAGCACCAGCACCGCCGCCACCACUUCCCACCACCGAUCUUUCUCCUCCCCUCCCUACUGGGAACCAAGCACCAGCACCGCCGCCGCCACUUCCCACCACCGAUCUUUCUCCUCCCCUCCCUACUGGGAACAAAGCACCAGCACCGCCGCCACCACUUCCCACCACCGAUCUUUCUCCUCCCCUCCCUACUGGGAACCAAGCACCAGCACCGCCGCUGAGGCCCCCUCCUCCUCCUCCGGCCCGACCACCACCACCACCUCCUCCACCAGCGCCGGCGUCCCCGAAAGCCAAAUCGGACCAGGAGGCAGAUGAAUCGGCCGGCGAAUCGGAGAACACGACGCUAGCCCUUGCGCUAACCCAGGCCGAAGAAGUGGUGCCGCAGAAGGCGGCGGCCGCGGCCGCGGCUGAAUCCCCGGCCGGAUCGCCGCAGAAGGAAUCAGCCCUGACCAUCGCGAAGCUCCUCUCGGCCGAGGACCCCGCAGCGAAGGAGGCGAAGACGGCGACAGACAAGGUAGCGCCUGCUGUGGUCACCGAGCCAGUCGCCGGCGGCGGCGGGGGCGGCGUCGUUGGAGGCGGAGGCGGAGUGGGUUCCAAGAGAUGGCUCCUGCGCGGGGUCUCAGGGAAAGGGCGGCGCACGGAGCUGCAGAAGGCUGAGCUAGGGUUUAGGGUUUCAGCAGCCGUCUUCUGCCUGGUCUCGCUCUCCGUCAUGUCUGCUGGUACUACUCCGGGCUGGGCUGGCGAUUCCUUCCGCCGCUACAACGAGUACAGGUACACGCUUGCUGCGAGCGUGAUGGCUUUUACAUACUCGGGGUUCCAAUUAGUUGCAGAAGUGCACUACCUUGUCACGGGAAGACGCAUAAUUGGAGGCCCCUGGGGCAACUACUUCAAUCUUGCAAUGGAUCAGAUAUUGGCUUACCUGCUUCUGUCAGCCUCUUCAGCGGCGCUUUCCCGCAGUGAUGUUUGGGUGUCUAGAUUUGGCGUGGAUCAGUUCGCCAAACUUAUCAACUCCUCAGCCUCAAUGGCGUUCCUGGCUUUUAUUGCUCUUGGUCUCAGCUCCAUCAUCUCUGCUCAUCGUGUCUUCAGCUCAGUCUCUUAGAGCCUGAUGAUAUGCAUUAGCUGAUGUAAAUAUUAUGGUCUAGAUGUAUGUUGGGCAUUGGCAUACUUGAUUUUUCUUUCUUUGUGGCUUGUCACUUGUGCCACUAUUAUUCUUUGCCAAUUGUGUUCCUGGUUGUGUUGCAACAGUACUCGAGACAGGCUCUUUGAGCACUGGUGAAUGUACUAAUUAUAGAAGCUGGUCAUUUUUAGCAUGGAUAAUAGCAACUUGAGGACCUAAGAUUAUGUAAUAACACUGUUAUGAAGGCAUAUGAGGGAUUAAAAUGCAUUUUCGGGGGGCGAUUGGAUGCCAAAAAGUUCCUGUA